AUGGAAAUCUCCUCUCCGAGAAAUAUUAAUGCUCCAACGUCGGCUUCAAAAACCUCGCAAAACCAGUUUCGGAUCAAUGUCCAACAGAAUCCACUUUCUACCACAUCAUCUGGAGCUGCAAGUGCUGUUGCUCAAUUUACAUCACCGGUGAGUCCUCAUUCAACAAAUAUAGGCUCGCCGUACAAGGUCCAAAACAAAAAAUUUGAAUCGAUGGAAGCAACGCUGAAUAGCAAAUUGAGAUUGGACACACCUCCAACAGAGGAGGAAUUAGCUACAGAGAUUCCUAGCCAGAAAAAAUUCGAACAAAUAUUGCAAAAUGUAGAUAACGUUGUCAAGCAACACACCUCAUUCAUCAAUGCUGAUUCAAUAACAGGAGGUGGAGUUUCAACUCGACCAGACAAAAUUAAACAAAAAAAGAAGAAGAAAGGAAGUAACUUAUUUAGUCCAAUGAGUGCGAGCGAAACAAGUUAUAUGGAAUUGUAUAAUAAUCUAAGAGAAAAGUAUCAGGUUUUACUCGCUGAGAAUCUGAGACAACAAGAAGUUUUUAAAUUAAGGCACGACACUUUUCUCAAGAGGGAGCAACAAUCCAAGGACAUGGAACGAGAAUUAAACGAGAAAAUGAGAGAGUCCAUGAUUGCUCGAGGAGUAGCUGGAAACCAUAUGCAAGAACUUAUUGGAAUGAAGGAAAAAAUUCAAGAAGGAGUGACCUAUCUUAAACUGGAGACACAACAUUUGCUUGAGGCUAAGGAGAAAGAGUUUCAUAGAAAAAUAGAAGAAAUGAUGAGAAGAUUUGAUAGGGAUCUUGCUGAUGAGCGAAAGAUCAACACAUCAGGAGAACGAGAGUGGCGUGAAAAGAGCAAAUCCUUAAAAAAAGAACUAGACAAUUCCAUAGCACAAGUGAUAAAAGUCGAUCAACUCAAUCAUGAAUUGAUGAAGGAAAACCAACGACUAAAGAUACAAUUUGCUGCUCAAGAGGAUGAUAGAAAUUAUUUAGCAAAGCAUAUUGCAAAAACGAAACGAGACAAUGAGAAACUGAAAGAAGAAACAAAACGAUUGCAAGAUGAGCUCGCUCGAUGUAACAAUAUAAUCAAGGAGUAUCAACUAACGAGAACGCCAAGACCAGGAUCGCCCUCAUCGUUGAAACAGGGUAUGAGUCCUCGUGAUCGAGAAUACUCCGUCUUCACUGUAAAUCCCACACUAGAGCCUGAUGAAAAAGAGAGGCGAUUCAUUGAGGCCAACAACAAACUUAAAAAAUUACUUGAAAUAGAAAGGAAAAAUAUUAGGCAAAUCAGAGCUCAAAACAUCAAAAUUUUGGAAGAAAGGACAGAGCUUGAGAUUUUCUUGAGAAGCUGUAUCGAAGAUGUAAAGGAGGAAGUCAGAAGAUCGAAAGCAGAGAGUAAAAACGAUACAGAAGAAUUUCACAAAAAGGAAAGGCAGAGAGUUAUAGAGCUGCUUCUCUCGAAGGAACGAGUCAUAAAGAUUCUUUAUGAGAGAAUGUUUGACAAACAAUCUGAGAAAAAUUUUGAUGACUCCAACACAGUUCAAGAUCACACUGCAUCCUACCACAACUCGACAAAAGGUGAUACUUCAUCAAUAGCAACAGAUACUAAGGAAUAA